UCCUACAGAAGCAUCACUAAUUCCCAUCUCAUCAUCUGCAACCAUGAGCAUGCUGACUGUGUGUGCACUGGUUUGUACCACAGUGGCUCUGGCUGGAUCUGCUGUUCUUCCAGAGACAAAGGCUGAAAGCAAUGAAAGAGCAAAAACUCACCUGAUCAAGAGGUCCGUCGGAUGUGGUGGUUGGUUUGAGUUCAAUCGUCGUUGUUUCUACUUCAUUCCGAAACCUAUGUCUUGGGCUCUCGCUGAGAGAAACUGUAUGUCCCUGGGGGGUCACCUUGCAUCGGUGCACAACUUCAUGGAGUACCACGAGCUUCAGAGACUCAUACUGCAUCAUGGUUAUGAGUACCAAGAAACCUGGAUUGGUGGCUCUGAUGCACACCAGAAGGGCCAUUGGAUUUGGAGCGAUGGCAGCAUGUUCUACUAUACCAACUGGUGUCCUGGAGAGCCCAAUAAUGCAGGAGGUCACCAGCACUGCUUGCAAAUGAAUUAUUCAGGUAGAAAGUGCUGGGAUGAUUUGAGUUGCUACGAUCAAAGACCUUCUGUCUGUGCCAAGAACAUGUGAUGACUCCUGGAUUCAGCAGUGACACGGGAAGGCAUGUCCUUGUGUCAUCAGCAUCAUAUAUUCGCUUUAAU